AUGUUAUUUUUCUGGAACUUUCGAUGUUUAUUAUUAUAUAUUAUACUUGUAGAAUUAAACAUAGAUAAUGUUAUAUCAAUUUGGCCAUCAUCAAACUCUUCUGAUGUUUAUCUACUCGGCAUUUUUUAUUAUACACCAAACGUAUCUAACAGUGGCGAAUCAGCUAUUCAUGCUCGGGCUAUGUUUAAGUCCGCAAUAAUGCUUUCUAAUCAAUAUAAUAUAACAGUCGAUGGAAAAUUGAUCGGAUGGAGAGAAGAACUAACUAGUGGCAAUGUGAUAGAUGCAUUGAGUGGUACAUGUCUUUCAGUAUCACAAUCAAAUAUAAUUGGUAUUGUCGGUCCAGCAUUAUCAAGAGAAACUCUUUUAAUUAGUCCACUUUGUGAAAAACUUGGUUUACCUGUUAUAUCAUAUUCUGCAACCGAUCCUGAUUUAUCUGAUAUAACAACUUAUCCUAAUUUUUAUCGUACAGUUCCAUCGGAUAAUACAGCGGCAUCAGCUCUUGUUAAGUUAUUCUAUCGAUUUAAUUGGACAUCUUGUUUAAUUAUUUAUCAAAAUGAUGCAUUUGGAUCUGGUGGAGCGAGAGCAAUUAAUGAUGUAUUUAAUGCAAGCGGUAUAAGAGUAGUACAAAUGAUUGUCUAUGAUAUUGCUAAAACUAGUAUUCGUGGUAAUUUGAAGACGUAUCUAAAAAAUAGUCUAACACGAAUUGUUAUUUUAUGGGCUGAAUCAAUUUAUACAUCAUUAAUAUUGAAAGAUGCACUCGAUUCUAAUCUUGUUGGUCCACAUUUUACAUGGAUAAUUAGUUCAAUGAUUUCAUUCAAUUAUUUUGAUAAAAAAUAUGAUCAAAAUUUAAUUGGAAUGCUUUUAAUCGAAUCAGUUGUUGGAUCAGUUGUUAAUGCACCAUAUAAUAUAGAAUUAUUAAAUGCAGCAUAUAAUAUAUGGCAAAAAUAUGAUAAUGAAACAUAUCCUGGAUCAACAAAUGUUGAUUAUUAUGCGUUAUUUGCAUUUGAUGCAACAUGGGCAUUAAUUAAAUCUUUAGAAGAAUUAUGUUCAUCAAAAAUAAAUAAUUCUUCUUCAUGUUUGUCAUUUGAUCAAACUUCAUUCUGUUUUGAUUUUCAUUUCAAUCAAUAUGAUUUAUUAUUAUCAAUACUUGCUAGAACAAAUUUCCUCGGUGUAUCCGGUUCUAUGAGAUUUAGUAAGAAUACAACAGAUCGAAUAAAUGGUUCAUAUUAUUCUUUAAAAAAUGUUCAAUCAUCUGCUAAUGAUUUGAAUUUUGUAUUUGUAUUAGAAUAUGCUGGUUCUGAGAAUUGGAGAAUACCUGUAACAGAAAGUAUUAUUAAAUGGCCAGGAAAUUCCUUAACACCACCUGCUGAUGGAGCAAUUCUUCGAGGAGUAAAUUUACGAGUUGGAAUAAUUCCAAUAACUCCAUUUACAAUAGUUCAGAAUGUAACAGCUAGUAAUGGACAAAUUACAAUACAAUAUAUUGGCUAUAUGCCUGAUCUUACUCAGCUUUUAACAAAUCAAAUUGGUUUUAAUGCAACUCUUAUACUAAUACCAUUAAAUCAAACAUAUUUACAAAUCAUUCAGUUAGUAAAUGAGGGUUUUUGCGACAUUAUUGUUGGUGAUGUUACUGUUACUGCUUUAAGAAGACAACUAGUUGGUUUUUCUAAUCCUAUAUUUGAUAAUUCUCUACGUCUUAUAGUGCGAAAAACAUCCGAUCGUAGUAUCGAUCUAUUAGCAUUCAUAAAACCAUUUUCACGUAAAUUAUGGAUGUUAGCUCUAUUUACUUGUAUUUAUGCUGGUAUUUUAAUGUGUCUUGUAGAAAGAGCAGAUAAUGAAGAUUUACAAAAUCGACCAAUUAUAUCACAAUUAAUACUCAGCAUAUGA